AUGGAGGGAGGGGACAGAGAGUGCGUCCAGAGGAUGGUGGAUUUUAACUCCUCCCUAUUCAAGCCAGAGAUUGGAUUCCCCUUUGGGAAGUCGCUGCGAGAUGCUCUCUACGAGUACUCCACCAUCAGCUCUACCCAAGAGCCCCUUGUCCGCGAUGUGGAAACAAAGAUUGAGAAAUACCUGAAAACCCCCUACGUAGCAAGAUGGACCUUGAAGGUGACAUGGGAGAAGGCUCCAGCAUACCCAUCCCAGCUGGAUGACACUCAGACGAGCACCUACCAGGUCAUCCUCACCACUGAUGGGAACCGCUCCUUCGCCCUGCUGCUCUACCAGGACGGCGGGAUGCGGUGGGACUACACCAAGCUGGCUGCGAGCAACGUGCUGAUCGGCUUCUCCAGCGGUGAUGGUUAUGCCCAGAAUAACGAGCUGACUCAAAAGCCACCGGCUGUCAAGUACCGACCCGACCAGCACAGCAGCACUGGCACUGAUGUGCGCGGGCUGUGGAUAUACAGGCUGGACAGUCGCUCCCGGGUGAACUACAGGCUGCGGUGCCUGGCGUGGCUGGACACGCAGCCGGCGCCGGCCGCCUGGAACAAAAAAAUCUCCUCCCGCUCUGGGGGUGUCUGUGAUCGCCUGCACCGUUUCAGGGCCAGUGGACGACUCUACUGGGAGCUGGAGGCAUUCGACUGGUGCUGCCAGCGCGUGGGGAAGCCCCUGUUCUGCACGAGGUUUGCUGAGAAGAGACCAAGGGUUGGCUGCGAGGGAUACGUGCCACCCACCCCCGCCGGCGCCUUUGGGGACCCCCACAUCACCACCCUGGAUGGACUCACCUACACAUUCAAUGGGCUCGGGGACUUCGUCCUGCUCCUGGCCAGCAAUGCCCGCACCAGCUUCGAGCUGCAAGGGCGCACAGCCCAGACUGGCACAGCCCAGGCCACCAACUUCAUCGCCUUCGCUGCCCGGUACACCUCUGCCACCAGCACGACCGUUGAGUGGACCUUGGGGAGCCAAGGUGACAUGCAAGUCCUCCUGAAUGGCAAAAACAUCCAGUUUUCCUAUUCCCAAGACAUGGCUGCCGAGGUGUACUACAGCCCCGGCAUCCUGCUGGUCAACGCCUCCUCCAUCACGGCCAUCUUCGAUGGGGCCAUCGCUGUCUCCAUCUCUGCCACCUCCGGAAUCCUCAGCGUGGUCUGCAGCAUGCCUGAUCAGUACCGCAACAGCACCAAGGGCCUUCUGGGUGUGUGGGACCAUGACCCCGCAGAUGACUUCCAGAUGCCAAACGGUACCAACAUCUCCGUGAACAGCAGCGAGGAGGAGAUCUACAGCUACGGGAUGACCUGGGCUGUUGGAAAGCACGGCCUGUUUGCUCAGCCUCUGGACUCACCGGUAAUGAACUUCACACCCAUCUUCUUGUCUUGGCUGCGGCAGGUGAAUGAAAGCCAGUACCAGCUGGCAGCCUCCCAGUGCCGCGGCAGCAAGGAGUGCAUCUACGAUGCACUGAGCACAGGGGAUGUGGCCCUGGGCCUGGCCACCCAGAGCCUCGCAGCUGACUUCCAGCAGAAGAAGACAGUACUCAAGAGCGGCGCCCUGACAUGGGAACCCCUUGGGACGGCCCCGUUCACCGUCAACCUGGAGGCUGUUGGGUCUAACAACCUCUCUGCCCUCCUCCAGCUCCGCUUCACCCUUUGCAGCUGCAGCAGGAGCCAGGAGUGUGACUACAGCGAUGCUGUCACCCUCGGGAGGUCCUCCCUGCAGCUGGCAGCCUGCAGGUGUGACGGCGGCUACUCAGGUCCUUUCUGCCAGGACCCUCCGGACCCCUGCGCCCAGGGAUGCUUUCCUGGUGUGGACUGUGACUCGGAUACUGGCUGCGGCCCCUGCCCAGCUGGCCUGAUCGAUAUUGACGAGUGUGCACAGGGGACAGUGUGCCCAGGGAACGCCACCUGCACCAACACCGUGGGCAGCUACAUCUGCUCCUGCCCAGUCGGCGAGAAGGAUCUCCCCCGGAGAAGCAUCCGGCUGCGGCUCAGGGCGCUGCAGAACGUCACUGCCGAGGAAGUCAACGGCACCGUCUCGGCCAUCCUGGGCUCCCUGGAGGUAAAGGCUUUCCAGAGCAACACCAACAUCACCCAGACGACAGACGGUGAUGGCUUCACCUUCACGGUGGUGUCUGAGUUUGCCUACGACAGCCGUGGAACCAUCAUCCAGUUCCUGAAUGAGGAGCUGCCGGGGGCCAUCACCGGCGCCUUCAACAGAUGGCGGAGGCGUCGGGAGGUGGGCACACACCUCCACUUCCAGCGCCUGCACCGGGACAACGUCACUGACCUGGUGAAAUUGACAGUGGCGGAGCUGAGGGUCUAUUUCCCCUGCGGCCUGCUCGGCUACAAAGGCUACCAGCUCCACUUCGUGGGGACCAUCGGCUUCACCUGCAUCUCCCCUUGCAAGACGGGCUACUGCCAGCAUGGCGGCCGGGCCAAGGAGACCUUCUGGAGGCCACUGCCCUUCUUCUGUAAGUACAUCCCUGUGAACCCCACCCCAGCUCUGCUUCUCUCUGAUCAUCUUUGA